UCGUCGCUCAGAAAGGGUUACCACAGCGGGUUUCCUCGUUCCGACGCCUUUGGUAUCUAUCGAUAUCUAUCAUGAGGCGAUGAGUUGACAAACAAGACGAAGCAGGCGAAAUGAAAUUGGACCAGUGUAUCCACACCAACGCAACCCACGAGUGACCAUGUGGUUGAGACUACUACCUGGGACUUAUUGCGGGCAAUGUUGCAUAAAACUUAAACACUGCCAUUUGUAGGAAUGCAUCAGGAUUGGGGAAUUGGAACCCAAAUCAACACUAAUAGCACAACCCUCACACACAAUCAUUUUAGAUUAAUAUAAGGUCAGUGAGACGUAUUUCGUUGCAUGGGAUGUCAUGAUCUGGUUGGAGCGAGCGAAUGCUCAGCGAGUGCACAUGCCAGCUCCACCGUGUUUGCAUGACGAACUGGUUGAUCAUAUCAAUGAGCACUUGCAACGCGCUACUCGUACUACUAAUAGUAAAAGCCUCGCCAGCUCUGGUCCAGGUGGCAUACUUCUUUAGAUCCACGUGGAUCAGACUUUACUUUCUCCGAUAUAACUCCGACAACAACUAUCCACGUUCUUACGUAAAAUCAUCACCCGCAAGCUAGCUCUGCACUCUAAAUGAUGGUUUAGGGGAUUCCCUAGAACGUUUGAACCUUGGCUUUGUACUCAUGAUGCAUUGAUGAUUCGAAGCUUCUGGUGUUUGAAUGGCAUCGCCGGCCGCGGGUGUUCGGCCCCGAAUCUGCGCUCAAACUCAAGUUUUAACAGG